AUGGUCCUCCCUGCCCAGUUCUCGCCUAUAUUCUUCCCAAUGGGGAACGCGGCGACCGGAUUCUUUGUCAUAUUUGCGCUCAUUGCUUCAGUUGUGGGGGCGGGCGCCGCCCUCGCCGGCUUCAACCAUAUCCGAGCUUGGAAUUCCGAUAGCUUGCCGGCGGCGGCUUCCUCUGCUGUCAUUGCAUGGUGUCUUACCCUUCUCGCCAUGGGUUUAGCCUGCAAAGAAAUUGAUUUAGAGGGAAGAAAUACGCGCCUGAGAACAAUGGAGGCUUUUAUGAUCAUCCUUUCAGCAACCCAGCUUCUAUACAUUCUUGCGAUACAUGGCGCAGCAGCAAUAAGACCAAGGGCCUAA